AUGAAUCAGUCCAAGCUGUCUAUCCUCGAGCAGGCCCAAGAGGCAGUGGCUUUUUUGAAUAGCCAACUUCCCGAAGGCCUACAAGCCCCAAAGGUUGCAGUCGUCUGUGGCUCUGGAUUGAGUGGCCUAGCGGAGACUGUCCAAGCAGAGCCUCGAAUGGAAUACGAUUACGCCUCGAUUCCUCAUUUUCCUCGUCCAACAGUUGCGGGACAUGCGGGCAAGCUAGUUUUUGGGCUCUUGGGUCAGAAGAUCCCCGCGGUAUUCAUGGUUGGCCGUGCCCACUACUACGAAGGAAAUUCGAUGGAUCAAGUGACGUUUCCGAUUCGCGUGUUUAAACUCCUAGGAGUGAACACGGUUGUGCUGACUAAUGCUGCCGGGGGCCUCAAUCAGGAUUAUAGCGUGGGUGAUAUUAUGCUAUUGAAUGAUCAUAUCUUCUUGGCAGGUCUCGCUGGGGUGCAUCCUCUAAGAGGUGCCAAUAUCGAGGAAUUUGGUGUCCGCUUUCCACCUCUGUCAGAUGCAUAUGAUCUUGAUCUGCGUCGCCAUGUCCAUCAGGUGUGGAAAGAAAUAACUCCUUCGCAAAACACCAGGAAAUUACACGAGGGAGUUUACGCUUUCGUCGGAGGUCCAACUUACGAAACGAGGGCCGAGAGCCGCAUGCUUCGAAUGUUGGGUGCCGAUGUGGUGGGCAUGUCCACCGUGCCCGAAAUUGUUGUGGCAAGGCAUUGUGGCCUUCGUGUGCUAGCAUUCACGCUGGUCACAAACAAUGCGGUGUUGGCCCCAGUUCCUCGUGGAGACGAGCAAUUGCUUCAAGGCAAAGACGCCAGCGAGCUCAAUGCAAUGUUGGAGAAAGGUAAAGCAACACACGAGGAGGUUCUGGAAGCUGGCCGUACAGCGGCUUUGGACAUGCAGCAACUGGUGACGCGAACACUCAUGAGAGUAUUUGGUCGGCCAUAG